AACUAUCGCAAAACAGGUCCGUCAGGCCGUCCAUAUUGGAGAACUCGCGAGAGCGAAAAAGUAAAGAAGUUUUUGGAGCAAGAACGGAUUAAUUAUGAAGUUUACCAAGAACAAGAAGAAAACUGA